AUGUCAGAGUUUGCGGACACUUGCAUGCCACCACACAAGCAGUAUGGAGCUUCUCCCAAGCACAAGGGGCGCUUUACCAGGCAAAGACUUCCGUCUAGCUUUGUCGGUACACGUCAUCCAACAGCAGUUCAUAGUGUCUGGGCAUGCGCAGGAAGUUCUUUUCCUCAUCUACGGUUGGAAGACAAGCGAACGGUAAGGAAGAUGCUGCACCUGAUUGUGGUCCUGGCCCUGGUCAGUCUGGUCUCAAGUGAAGAGGGGGCCCGUUUGCUGGCCUCUAAAUCCCUGCUGAACCGAUAUGCUGUGGAGGGCCGUGAUCUCACCCUACAGUACAACAUCUACAAUGUUGGCUCCAGUGUUGCUCUGGAGGUGGAGCUUUCAGAUGAUUCUUUUCCCCCUGAAGACUUUGGAAUUGUUUCAGGAAUGUUGAAUGUCAAAUGGGACAGGAUUGCACCAGCCAGCAAUGUCUCUCACACGGUGGUGUUGCGCCCGCUGAAGGCUGGUUACUUUAAUUUCACCUCUGCGUCUGUCAGCUACCUCGCCCAGGAGGGAGGACAAGUCGUGGUUGGCUUCACUAGUGCCCCAGGCCAGGGAGGCAUCCUGGCUCAGAGGGAGUUUGACCGCCGCUUCUCUCCUCAUUAUCUGGACUGGGCUGCAUUUGGUGUAAUGACUCUUCCCUCCAUUGGCAUUCCUCUGCUCCUAUGGUACUCCAGCAAAAGGAAGUACGACUCACCAAAGGCCAAGAAGAACUGAAAAGGCAGUGCUGGGGACGGGGAGGAAAUGCAAGUCAAAGGGUUUAUUGGGCACAGAAUCUCAGAAUAACUUAACCCAUAUUGGGGGUGAAAGUUGAAAGACAAGUACAGUGACCAUGAAACAUGACUGUGAUUUAAUUAAAGAAACAGUGUGAGAAUGAA